AUGCGUCUUGAUUCAGCUAUCGUCUUUGCUUCACUCUUACCUUCUGUCACAGCUCAUGCUGGCCACAAGAAGCGUUCCAUUUCGUCCAGUCCACAAGCACUAAAUCCUAAUCUCACAAAUACUAUUCCCAAUGCUCCAGGUGGCCCGACUCUUUACUACAACGGCAGUGGUCCAGUGCCUCCGUACAAUGAGACAUCACCAAUCCCGGCAGCGCUUCCGGCACUGACUACACAGGAGAUUGAAGACAAUAUUUUUAAUGAGCUCGAGGGCAUUGCUGCUGGCAACGGUCUUACAAGCAGCUGCUCUAAAUGUAUUGCUGGAACUGAGGUCAUGCACAUUGCUGCAAUCACUCAACCAGUCAGCACAAUCGUCAAUCUUUUGAUCCGUUCCUGCGAGACUUUCACCGAGGUUUAUGACAGCAUCUAUGCAGCUACUUGCUAUGAAGAGUACUCUGGUAUCGGUGGAACGGGCCCUUAUCUGGCACAGCUCUUCGCGAAGAUGAGCAUGGCAACGAACGACAUGCAAGGAUAUUGCUACUACAACUGGGAAGUUUGUGAUCAGCCUGCCACAAUCGCAAUCAACGAAACUGCCUACUUCAAACCCAAGCUAGCCAAUAGAACGACAGCACCAACACCAUCCGGCACGACCAUCGACGUCCUGCACCUCUCUGAUUGGCAUCUCGAUCCAAGAUAUGAUAUUGGAAGCGAAGCAAACUGUAGUGACUAUCUUUGCUGUCGCCCAUACUCCGUCAACGAUGAUCUCGGCACGACUUCCGCCAAUGCAUCUGUCCCAGCUUCAAGAUUCGGUUAUUUGUACUGUGAUUCUCCACCAGAUCUGGCUCUCUCGGCAUUCUCGACAAUGGACCAAUUCGUGAACAGAUCAAGUAUCAACUUCACCAUCUUCACUGGGGACAUUGUUAGCCAUGAUAAUGAUGACCAGCUUAGUCGAGCUUAUGUUGAGUAUGAGGAAACCGUCACAUACCAGACAUUCAAGGCGCAAAUGGGAAACAGUCCUAUCUACCCAACUCUUGGAAAUCAUGACUCUCUCCCCGAAGCAUGGAAUACCCCGAAUUCAAUCACCAAUCAGUCGAACAUAUUUUCGUGGAACUACGAGCUUUUGUCAAGCAUGUGGGAAGCAGAUGGAUGGAUCUCCAAAACCACUGCCCAAUAUGCCGCCACACAUUAUGGCGCAUACGCAACCACAACUUCUUUCGGCCUGAACAUCAUUUCCAUCAAUACCGAUUUCUGGUACACGGACAACAUCUUCAACUACUACAACAUGACCAACCCAGACAACUCAGGUAUCCUGACAUUCCUUGCGGACGAACUUCAAAAGUCAGAGGACAUGAAUCAACGAGUCUGGAUCAUUGGUCACGUUCUCCCUGGCUACGACGGUUCCAACGCCCUCCCUAACCCCACCGCAUUAUUUUACAGCAUAGUGCGACGCUUUUCACCUUCCACCAUUGCUGGUAUCUUCUUCGGUCACACGCAUGAAGAUCAAUUAAUGAUAUACUACGACUACCUCUUCAACUCCACCAUCUCCAACAACUCGUCAUCCAUAAUUCGCAACACGACACUAGUCGAUUACAGUCAGCCCCUCAACGUAGCCUACAUCGGCCCCUCCAUCACCCCCUUAACAGGAAACAACGCAGGCUGGGUACUGCUCCAAAUCGACGCCGUCACCUUCUCCGUCGUCAACUCACAAACUUAUUUCGCCAACAUGUCCGAGUCCAACAGCUGGAGCACGCCAGUCUGGCAAUUCGAAUACGACACUCGCUCCAUCUACGACCCGAACAACACCUGGCUGUCGGCAUCUCCUCUUAAUGGAGAGUUCUGGCAUGGCGUUACGGAGAACAUGUUGGAGAACAAUACGAUUGUGGAGGUUUAUAACCUGCUGGAGACGAAGAGUAGUGUUGUUACGGAGAAUUGUAGUACGGUUGCUUGUGCGGAGCAGAAGGUGUGUUAUAUUAGGAGUGGGAGUGCGGCGUUGGGGUAUGCUUGUCCGCAGGAUAGUGGGCCUUUCUGA